AUGACGCAAGCUUAUACAAACGAUCAUUCUCCGUCAGUCCUUCAGACAUACACUUGGCGAGAUGCUCAUAAUUCGGCGGCGUAUCUUCUUCCAUACCUGCGGCCACAUAUGAGCAUCCUCGAUGUUGGCUGCGGUCCAGGCUCCAUCACAAUCGACCUUGCACGGAAAGUCCCAGAGGGGCAUGUGGUAGGCGUGGAACAUGUGCCCGACCCGCUCGAUGGAGCACGAUCGCUUGCAAGUUCCAAAGGAGUGACGAAUAUCAAGUUCCAAGUCGGUGAUAUACACAACCUACCGUUUUCUGAAAACACGUUUGAUGUUGUCCAUGCACACCAGGUUCUGCAACAUAUUGCCGAUCCGGUUCUGGCAUUCAAGGAGAUGCGUCGUGUUGUGAAGCAGGGAGGCAUCGUGGCAGUACAAGAGUCUGUCGUCUCCACAAUAUACCCUGAUUCAGCGGGCCUGGCAGCUUGGGGGGAUCUCCAGGUCCGUAUUCGACAGGCCAGGGGCAAUUAUAGAAAGGCGGGUCUUCAACUCCAUGUUUGGGCGAGGGAGGCUGGCUUUCCAGUAGGGAAUAUGAAGAAGAGUACCGGGUCCUGGUGCUUCAGCAACCCCCAUGACCGAGAGUACUGGGGCGGUGCAAUGGAAGAAAGAGCCCGCUCCUCUGGUCUUGCAAUGACCGCGGUUCGUGAAGGAUUUGCUAGCGAAACAGAAUUACAGCAGAUGGCAACAGCGUGGAGGACCUGGGUAGAGGACAAGGAUGGGUGGCUUGGAUUUUUACACGGCCAGAUUCUUUGCUGGAAGUGA